CCACAAUCUCUCUCUCCGAAGACAAUUCUAACCCAGUGGACACUAAUUCAUUCCAAUGAUCUUCUUCUCUCACCUCUGAACUCAAAACAAACAAUAAACUUAGAGAGAGAGAAGAGAGAGAGGUCGUUCAACCAUGUCUAUAGCUCCAAGUAGCUACCCUUCUCUCUGUUCUUCACCACCAUUGCCAAGAACAACCCUAACAACCAAGCAAAACCCAUUUCAGUCUUCUCAAUUCAAGCAACCUUUGUGCAAGAAUCAUCCCUUUUUGACCACUUCAAUCAAUUUUUGCAGUACCCAUUUGGUUAGACCUUCUAUUUUGGUCGUUAAAGCAUCAGAAACUGAGUCCAAGACAGCGAAAUCGGAGAUCGAAGGCGAAAAAGAAGAAAAAGAAGAGUAUGAGGUGGAAUUGGACCAGCCAUAUGGGUUGAAGUUUGUAAAGGGCAGAGACGGUGGGACUUACAUUGAUGCCAUUGCAACUGGGGGAUCAGCUGAUAAGUCUGGCAAGUUUACUGUUGGGGAUAAAGUACUGGCCACCAGUGCAGUGUUCGGAACAGAAAUAUGGCCUGCUGCUGAAUAUGGGAGAACAAUGUAUACCAUCCGCCAAAGAAUUGGCCCACUACUCAUGAAAAUGCAGAAGAGAUAUGGGAAGAUAGACGAACCAGGUGAGUUAACAGAGAAGGAAAUUAUCAGAGCUGAGAGGAACUCUGGUGUAAUUUCUAACAAAGUGAGAGAAAUCCAAAUGCAAAAUUAUUUGAGGAAAAAGGAACAGAAAGAACUCAGAGAAACGGACCUUCGUGAAGGGUUGCAGCUUUACAAGAAUGCCAAAUAUGAAGAGGCGCUGUUGAAAUUUGAGUCAGUGUUGGGAUCAAAACCAGACUUUAACGAAGCUUCAGUAGCAAGCUACAAUGUUGCAUGUUGUUAUUCUAAGCUUAAUCAGAUACAAGCUGGACUCUCUGCACUUAAGGAUGCCAUGGAAUCAGGAUUUGAAGAUUUCAAGAGAAUCAGGACGGACCCUGACCUAGCCAACAUUAGAACAUCUGAAGAAUUCGAACCUCUUCUGAAAAGGUUCGACGAAUCAUUUAUCAAUGAGAAUGCCAUCAACGCCAUUAAAUCUCUGUUCGGCUUCAACAAGAAGUAGAGCCACACAGUUGAAAGACCCAACUUGGGAAAUUCAUUGAUUUGAACUAGUAUACCAGAAUUGGCACAAGAAUUGACCAAGCUAUCUUGAGUCUCAUAGAAUCAGCUUUUCCUUUUAUUUUGUUUGUAGAUUUAGCUCAGGAUGAGUUCUGAGAGAAGUUCAAAAUAUUUUUUUACCCAGUGAUUGCCUAUUUCAAUUGUUUCUCCAUCUAGGGUCUCUCAUAUGUAAUUAUCUGGACAGAAAAAAAAAAAAAUUGAAGAAAUAGAAUAAUGUUCAUUGCAGUUACCUUGAUCA